UUGAAAACUUCAUGACUGAGAGCUGUUCUUCAUUACUACUGAACACACAACAACCAUGACUUGUAUGGUCAUCUUCAUCUGGACACUUGUCCUCUGCUUCAAAGAAUCCAGAGGUCAGGUCACUGUGACUCAGACUCCUGCAGUUGAAGCUGUUCUCCCAGGACAGACAGUCUCUCUGAAAUGUAGAACCAGUAGUAAUGUGUAUGGUCGUUGUUGGAAUGGUCAGUCAUCAUAUGACCGUCAGUGUCUAGCCUGGUACCAACAGAAACCUGGAGGAGCUCCUAAACUCCUAAUUUACUCUGCUAAUAUACUUCAGUCUGGGACUCCAUCUAGAUUCAGUGGUAGUGGAUCUGGGAGUGACUUCACCCUGACUAUCAGUGGAGUCCAGACUGAAGAUGCAGGAGAUUACUACUGUCAGAGUUACCAUGAAAUCAACAGUAAAGCUGUGAGGAUUUUUGGUAGCGGCACCAGACUUGAUGUUGGAAGUAACACUGCACCCACCCUGACCAUCCUGCCCCCCUCUAGUGAGGAGCUGUCCAGUACAACAACAGCCACACUGAUGUGUCUGGCCAACAAGGGCUUCCCCUCAGACUGGACCUUGAGUUGGAAAGUGGACGGAACCAACAAGAAUCAGAAGACCAGUUCCGGAGUCCUGGAGAAGGAUGGUCUAUACAGCUGGAGCAGCACCCUGACUCUCACUGCCCAGGAGUGGAACAAGGUGGGAGAGGUGACCUGUGAAGCUCAGAAGAGCUCACAGACUCCAGUCAUCAAGACCCUGAGGAGGGAUGACUGUUCUGGUUAGGACCUGUCUGUCACAUAACCAGUGAAGAGAGUCUGCGGGUUCUUUUCUUUUACUCUGUUUUGACAUCAGCUGUUUUGUCUUAUUGAUCACUUUCAUGUAGACUAACAGUGAGUUCAUGUGUCCAUCCUCUCUGUAGAUGGACAUUUGAUAGAUAUGAUAUGGUCUGCUUGUACUAUUAUAACACACAUUUGCUUUUAUGCAUUGAUGAAAAUAAAGAUUUCCCUUUGUAGAAAAUAUAA